ACGACAGCUUACUUCGUGCAAAAAUUCAGGUAUCCCGAACCACUUCUCGUAUACUUUCGACAGAUGCUGGAAUGGCGGCCGGCAGGCGGCGCGCGGCGACACCCAAACUACUCGCACUGCUCGGAAUUCGACGGAUCAUCAUAGCGCCUCAGCAAGAGCAUCACACCCUUUACAAAGCUCCCGACCGCUCUGGCGUGUUGGUUCCCCUGGGGGUGUUUGACCACGACGACGCGACGUUCGAAAGACAAGACUCAGUCUUUUUUUCUCCGGAGACGUUCUUACAUCACGCAUUGGCACGGGCGUUCGCCAAUGAUACGCGUUUUAAACAGCGAAUACCCACGUCCAGCUCUACCAAGCUGAAGUUUACUCUCCGUCUCGAUGUGAGUGUCUCAUCCUGCCUGGUAAAAUCUAUGGCGGUGAUGAAUGAUCACAAGCGGCCCGGGUACGCGCCCUGGAACUGCAACAUCUAGGGUACAGAACGCGCGGGCCAUCCAGAACUAGUUCUUCUGUCAGUCCUGGCCGAGAAGGUUGCACACGCGAUCCAACUAUUUUACGAGGUGGAUGCU